AUGGUCGAGAUUCCGAUCCUAGUUAGCACACCAGGGCUACAAACGGUCGAGUUGGAUAACGCAGGCGAAUAUUUCCAGACUCAGCCCCAGAGAACUGCGGGCGAGCAAGCAGGUCAGCCAACAACAGCGCCGGCCGUGGCAGAGGCAGCCACAGAAAUGGUCACCCAGGCCACCCAGACCGCCGCUGAAGAUGAGGACUCAAGACGGGGCUCGCCAAAGAAACAAUCGCCCUCUCAUUCUCGGUCCGAAUCUCGCUCUGGCGGUCGCUCCCCAACACACCAUAGCUGGGCUGAAUCGCUUCGCCAACGUCUAGCUAGCCCUCAUUCGCGCUUUCAUUCUCCUACCGCGAUUGACGCAUCAGGUCGGACAAUGCUUGCCCCAGGCAAAGAUGCAGUCCAGCGUCCUACCACCCCUGCAGCCGAUCUCUACAAGGGCCAGUCCGAGUCCAACUUCGGCAUGACCUUCGAACACGGCUCAGUGCCCCAUAUCCUGAGGGCGGCGAGGCCUAAGACAUGCGCGUACAGCUACGAAGACCAAAAACAUCGCAUGCUGAUGGAUUGGGUGGAAAGAAGACGUUGA